UUUCCGUCUGUUUUCCUUGUUCCAGAGUAAAUAUCGAGCCUCUAAGAGAGAAUUAGAGAGAGAAAUCUGAGCAACGCGAUCUACAGGAUCUACAGGCAUUCUAAGAUACUUUAAUAGUAGAAAGAACAGAUCUCUAAUGUCCGCUACAGUCGAUCCUCUAGAUGAGCUCCUCAACAACCUGGAGACUUUGAAGGUUGGACAAGAGAACAAGUUGGAGGUCGGAGGGAAGGAGGAGGAGAAGGAGGAUGAUGGAUAUAAUAGUUCAUCCUCAACAGAGAAUCUUGCUGUUAAUGAAAGUAAGGGAAAGGUUACGAAGAAGAAUGAGGAUGAGGAGAAGGUUAAGGAUGAAAGUGAUGUGAAGGUUAAGAAUGAAGAGAAGGUCAAGGAUGAGGAUGAGGAUGAGGAUGAGGAUGAUGAAAAGAUCCUGGAGCCCCUGGUUAUCCUCGGAGAGAAGAGUGGAGGCCCCGAGGUUGAAUUUAUCUCCCGAGGUCCCGUAUCUAUUGAUACCCCGGAUAACAGGUUCCAACCCUACUCCCGUCCUGACCAAAAUCAGGGAGUAAUUCAGUCCACGGGGAAACAGGACGAGGACAAACACCAGCCUAUACCCAACGUCCUGAUCUACACGAAGAAGGACCGGGAGCGUCCUACCAAGAUUGAUGUUCGGAUCGAAUGGUCGGAUAAGCAUGAGUUGUGUAUCCAGAGAUAUCAGCUACCGGAGGAAACAUGUUUCACUGAAGGAGCAAAUACUAUCCAGCUCUUUAUCCAGCUUAAUCCUAAUCUCAAGGAAACUAAAUCAUUUCUGGCAGAUGUUAAGGUUAUGAAUGAUGAGAGCGGUCAGCGGGCCUUCUAUAUCGGUCCCAUCGUCAUCUCCUUGAAGACGGACUUGGCGGAAUCCCAGGAGCGGGCCCUCCUGGCGCAGAUCAGCGAGGAGGAGCGGGCCUCCGCCAUGAACCUGGUGGCGGAGAAGGAUAUUCACCAGCUGGUGUCCGGGAUUGGACCACAGAAGGAUACCGUUCUUGCAAUCCUUAGUGCACAAAGGAAAUCUCCAAAUCCAGGACAAGUGAUGGCACAAAUACACGCCGUGGUUCAGCGGCUCCUCCGUCACAAGGAUGACAAGGUCCGUCUAUCUGUCUUCAAACUCAACAACAAUGGCAUCUCCGCUUUCGAAAUCGCCGCUAUUAUGAACAACAGCUUCGUGGCCUGCUAUCUAGCAGAGGUUAUGUACAAUCUCAUCGACGAUACAAGGACAGCGCUGAAGAUCUUGAACAGCAAGGACACCCACGGUAAUACGAUCAUCCACCUUCUCUCAAGGAAGGGAGAUUCCAAUGCCGUUACACUGAAGAAACUACUCGCAAUGCGUCUCACGGACAAUACACGUGUGUUCAGCGUUGGGUUCAACUCUAAGAAGCAGCAGCCGAUGCAUAUUGUAGCGCAGAGUAAGAGUAACCAACCGGAAACAAUUGCUAUCCUUCAUCAGGCUUUUAACAGGUCCUUCGACUCCCAGGAUGAUGACGGCAUGACUCCUCUCCACUACGCCUGUCAGAGGACAGGAGACUCGGCUAUGGUGCAGACCAUCCUGUCCUACAAGAAGGACAACAUCAAUGCACCGCGAAAGGACGGUUUGACCGCGCUUGACCUUGUCACCUUACGUCCGACUAGCAGCUGCGAAGGUCAGGGGGUCUUCGAAAUAGAGUACGGAGUUCAGCUGGAGAUAAUCAAGUUGCUGAAAAACAACGGAGGGAAAUCUAGUUUCCCCGAACCCAAUUCCCCCACCAACUCUCCCAACAACAUCUCCAUGAUGAACAUGGCGAGCCCUCACAGCACCGUCUCCCCCCUGGGCUCCCCCUACGACUCCUCGGCAAACGCCAGUCCGCGAACCCUACCAGACGACUGUCCCGGGAACUACUACGUAAAUCUACGUGGUCCUGGCAGCGUAGAGUCGUAUAUCCAAUCCAGUCCUGAGUCUGAUCAUGGUGAACUGCAGACCAACAGGACAAGGAACUACAGCUAUAUGCCGAGGAUGGUGGAUAGCCCUGCUUCACAGGAUUCCAACGGAUACUACAACAUGGACAGCCCUGUAGGGAACGGUACUACCCUGGAGGAACAUCUUGCUUCACAGAUAUUCAAUGAGUUCCCUGAGAUCAGGAACGUGUUGGGACAAAUACUCGACGGGAAUCUGUAAAUCAAUCCUCCAGGAACAUCCUAAAGGAUCUGUUUCAAGACGACCUCCGAUCUUUUUAAAGCCGACCUCAGGAUCCUCACAGUUGACCUCGAGUUCGUACAGGAGAACCUUGUUGGUCCUUGUUGGCUGAAUUGAGCUGAACACUUUAGAAUUGGAUACCCUUAAUACCGAUCCCUCGAUCUGAAUAUCCACUGUGGACACUUAAGAUUUCUGCUCAAUCCGCUCUUUCUCUCUCUUUUUGGAUAUCACUACUUUGUUCCGACCAAUGAGAGUUCUCUCGAUGUUUGCGCGCCAAAAUUUCAAAAUCUUUCGGCUUCUAAUUGGCUGUUCGGGUUUCUUCAAAUGCCCCUCUGGUUGGUCGAAUUUUAAACCCUUUUCUGGAUACAAACUUAAGUUUAAUCCAAUCUUGAGAUUAAAAAAUAUGUGAUUAAGCAUUGAUCUCGAUAUCCACAACUCUAAAGUUUUCAGCUUUGGGCUCAUAAUUCAGUGGAAUAAUAUCAAAAUUUAGUCCACGACAAUUUUUGAAAGCUCAAAACAAAUUAGCAACUUAUAUUUUCAAACAUGUUGUCCAAAAAAUCAAAGAUGUUUUUGUUGAUUCAAAAUAUUUAAUCAUGUUCAUCACUCAAUGUUCUGGCCAAGACUAGUGAAAAAAGUGCACAAGUUUAUUUUUUAAAACAAAAUUUUAUUUUUAACUGUAGAAAUUUCAUUUUAUUCGUCUAUCAAUAUUAUGUUGUAACCAGAACUGUUCUGAUUAGGCGUGGCGUUGUGCAUACAAAAAUUAGAGCAAAAAUGUUCAAGAAAAGAAUUUUGACAUAAAAUUGGAAUUAAAAAUUUAAAAUCUACACAGUAAACAUCUAUUCUAUUUUGCUUAAAUUAUAUUAAAACUUUUCAAAUAUUUUUCGUAGUAAUUAUACAAAUUUGUCCAAUAUACAAUAGUACGCAUUUUUCUAACAUUUUCGGUUUAUAAAAUCUAGUCUUAAGUUUUUAUUGUACCAUUAUUAUCAACUAAUUACAGGGGUGGAUAUUUUUUAGAGAGGGGGUUGGUUCUUCCUCCCCCCCCCCCUGCAUGCUCCAGAGUGAGAUGAAUUUUGACCCCGUGUUAUUGUUAACAAAGUUCUCUACAAUAAAUCUAUCUAUAUACUAUAUAAAUAUGUAUUAACUAUGAAGAUUGGAAUAAAAAUAUUUACUCGAAGUUA